UCUCUUCAUUUUAUCCCGAGCUCCGGUUGAUGCCUGAAUGCACAGGGGACGCCCCCUCCCACCCUUCAUCCUCCGCCUCUGCCUCCUCCCCCUCUCCGCUCACACACACCCUUUGCAGACCAUUCAUUUGGUGCCAGCGUCUAAUGGCACCAAAGUAGAGGCGAGCAUUGUUCCUCCAUCGUCCGCGCAGGGAGCACGGCCGGCGCGCCGCAGAUGCCUCCCUCCUGAGCGGCACCGCAAGGGGACCCGAGAGGAGGGACCGCGGCGGAGAGGAGGAGGGAAGGAAGGAAGGACGAGCAUCGGCAGAGUGUCGGGAAGAGGACGAAACGGCCGGCAAGCAGCUCCAAGGCGACCUGCCGCCACAUGCUGUGCUCCAUGGCGAACUCGGGCUGUCUCCUCGUCUCCAAUUCAGGCAUGCUUCCUCCCUCCCUGCCCUGCCCGCCGGCCUUCCUCUACCUCCAACAGGGCAAUCAGGACGCCACGGCUCCUCCUGAAGCGAUGGCUCAGCCCUACCCCCCGGCCCAGUAUCCCCCGCCUCCCCAGAACGGCAUCCCCGCAGAGUACGCGCCCCCACACCCCCACCCCACGCAGGAGUACUCGGGGCAGAGCACGGUACCAGAGCACGCCAUGACCCUCUACACGCCAGCACAGACUCACGCCGAGCCGCCGGGCACCGACGCCAGCACGCAGUCCAUAGCAGGCACGCAGACGGUGCCGCAGACAGACGAAGCGGCGCAGACAGACAGCCAGCAGCUCCACUCCUCAGACCACACAGACAAGCAGCAGCCCAAGCGGUUACACGUCUCCAACAUCCCCUUCCGGUUCCGGGACCCCGACCUGCGGCAAAUGUUCGGGCAAUUUGGGAAGAUCCUGGACGUGGAGAUCAUCUUCAACGAGCGGGGCUCCAAGGGUUUUGGGUUUGUAACUUUUGAAACUAGCACAGAUGCCGACCGGGCACGGGAGAAGCUGAAUGGCACAAUCGUAGAGGGACGGAAAAUUGAGGUGAACAACGCCACCGCCCGCGUCAUGACGAACAAGAAGGCUGCAAACCCCUACACAAACGGCUGGAAGCUGAACCCGGUGGUGGGAGCUGUCUACGGGCCCGAAUUCUAUGCAGUCACAGGGUUCCCGUACCCCGCCACAGGGACAGCCGUGGCGUACCGAGGGGCACACUUGCGGGGCCGGGGGCGCGCUGUCUACAACACCUUCCGCGCCGCGCCCCCGCCUCCGCCCAUCCCCACGUACGGAGCGGUCGUGUAUCAGGACGGAUUCUACGGAGCGGAGAUCUACGGAGGAUACGCGGCAUACAGGUAUGCCCAGCCCGCUGCGGCGGCAGCAGCGUACAGCGACAGCUACGGCAGAGUGUACGCGGCCGCGGACCCGUACCACCACACCAUCGGCCCUGCCGCCACGUACAGCAUCGGCACCAUGGCUAGUCUAUACCGAGGAGGGUACAGCCGCUUCACUCCCUACUAGCAAGACAGACCCAUCCCCACAGUAUUUAACACUGACUGCUCACUAGAAACCAAACCAAACUAAGCCAGGGCAGAGCGUCCCGGAGGAGCGCGGCCCUGCCCGGGCCAGGGCCCUGC